CCAUUAUUGCUCUAUAUAUGUGUGUGAAGAGUGUAUAAAAGAAAGAAGAAAGGGCAGCCCGCCAUAACAGCUGGUAAUUUGGUACUGCAAGAUGAAGAGAGUAGAGCUUGUGUUCAUCCCGAGUCCCGGAAUGGGUCAUCUCGUUUCCGCUAUCCAGUUUUCGAAGCGAUUGCUUGAUCGAGAUGACCGUUUCUCAGUCACGAUUCUCAGCAUCAAGCGAGGAGAUGUAACCAAAGCCGAUGCGUACAUAGCCUCGAUUGCUGGUUCCGAUUCCCGUUUAAAAUUUAUCCAUCUUCCUCAUGUAGACCCUGACCCACCACCCCAACAAAAGCCUGUUGAGAAAGACAACACCCAUCGCAUACAGAGCCAAAAUGAUCUUGUCAAAGAAGCUAUCCUCAACCAUGUGUUGCCAACUACCAUUCCACUUGCAGGAUUGGUGGUUGAUAUGUUCAAUUCCUCCAUGAUCGAUGUGGCUCAUGAGCUUGGUGUCCCGUCUUAUGUGUUUUUCACAUGUAAUGCUGCCUUUCUUGGCUUCAUGCUCUACCUUCCAACUCGACAUGACCAGGUGGGCAUCCCGUUUAGAGAAUCGGAUCCGGAUUCAGUCAUCGCGAGUUAUGUUAACCCAGUUCCUUCUAGUGUUUUGCCUUCGUUUGCGUUGGAAAGUUCGAUCGUCGUCAAAGGCCAUGGGUACCUCCCCAUGGUAAACCAUGGUAGAAAGUUUAAAGAGGUCGAUGGGAUUAUUGUCAACACGUUUUACGAGUUGGAAACCCAUGCGGUAAAUUCAUUUUUGGAUGAUAAAACGCCUCCAGUUUACACGGUGGGGCCGGUGAUUGACCUCGAGAAUAAGAAUCAUUCGGGAGUUAAUCAGGUCAAAUACGAGGAGAUCAUGAAGUGGCUUGAUGAUCAACCUCCAUCAUCGGUGGUGUUCCUGUGCUUUGGAAGCUGGGGGACCUUCAGUGUACCCCAGCUGAAAGAGAUCGCACUUGGGCUCGAGCGGAGUGGCCACCGAUUCCUGUGGUCAAUACGGUUGAGAACCUCAAAUGAUAGGUUUGCCCCGCUUACGGAUUCCCCGAAUCUGGAGGAGAUAUUGCCCCCGGGGUUCCUGGAAAGAACGAGAGAAGUUGGGAUGAUAUGUGGUUGGGCUCCACAAGUGGAGGUGCUGGCCCACAAAGCCAUCGGAGGGUUCGUGACACAUUGCGGAUGGAACUCGAUCCUGGAGAGUGUGUGGUAUGGUGUACCGAUGGCCGCAUGGCCAAUGUACGCGGAACAGCAAUUAAAUGCAUUCCAGAUCGUGAGGGAUCUGGGGCUGGCAGUGGAAUUGAAGUUGGAUUACAGGCGUGAUGGUGAGCUUGUGAUGGCUGAGAAGAUAGAGCAAUCGGUGAAAUGCUUGAUGGAGCCUGAUAUCGAGGCGAGGAAGAGGGUGAAAGAGAUGAGCGAGAAGAGCAGAAAGGCUGUGAUGGAGGGUGGAUCUUCGCAUGCUUCACUUGGACGGUUGAUCGAGGCUCUAUCUGUUGCUGUCGGCAAAUAAUAUGAUGCCUGGGAAGUG